UUUAAUUACAAACUAACCACCCCAUCUCUUUUCCACCAUCUUUUUAAUUUUUCCCUUCACUUUCCCACACUUUCUCUUCCACAUUUUCCCAUCAUCCAAACACUCCUUUUAGUGAGGAAAAAAACAAAAAAACAAAAAAAAAAAAAAACCAAAGAAUUAGAAGAAUUUUCAAUGAGUUGUGGUGGGAAGUUAGAAGUGAUUUUUAGGGUUUUGGGAAUUUUGUUGAGUUCUGUGGCAGCCAUUGUUGUGGGAGUUGGCAAAGAAACAAAGGUGGUUCCUAUUACUAUCUCCUCCAAACUUCCUCCUUUUCAAAUUGUUGUGGUUGCAAAAUGGUAUUAUUUGUCUGCUUUUGUGUACCUUUUCGUAACAAAUGUAAUAACAAGUUCAUAUGGAUUGUUAUCGUUGUUGCUUAGAUUAAGCAACAAGAAUCUGAGCAAUAAUAAGUUAACUGUACUGAUCAUAUUUCUCGACACCGUGACGGUGGCGCUGCUCUCCUCCGGCACCGGAGCCGUCAUGGCCAUCGGAGUUAUGGGCUAUAAUGGCAACUCGCACGUGCGGUGGAACAAAGUGUGCGAUACAUUUGGUAGAUUUUGCAAGCAAGUGGCAGCUUCUGCCGUCCUCUCUCUUGCCGGAGCCAUCGUAUUUAUGUUGCUGGUUAUAUUGGCUGUUCUCGGCCUACUGAAGAGGCCCAAAUGAGUGGGCUUUCGGCCCAAAAAAAAGAUGAAAAGAAAGGAAGCAUAUUUAUUUGAAUAUUUGUAAUAGAUAAUAAAAUAAGAGAAAAAAUUUUAAAAUA